AUGUCGGAUCUGGUAACAAGUAAUGAGCUUCCAAAAAACAAAGUCCUGGAGGAUACGAGUACCAGAGACUUGCCUCCUUCACAAGAAAUAUUCGCAACUCCGGCAAAUGAACAUUUCUUGAAGCAAUAUUCUUAUCAUGAUCUGAACCAUCUUCAACAUGAAAUCAGACUGGUCCAUGUGUUCAGAAAACCUGGAAGCGAUUUGAUCCACUGCAACUUUCUACCACCUCAAAAACUGACAGACAUCAGCGGCAAAUACCACACAAUAUCCUACUGCGCAGGAAGCGCCAAAGACACCAAGCCCAUUCUCCUACAGGGGAUUAAGUUCAACAUCUUUGCCAAUUUAUACUGCGCUCUUCGGGAAACACUUACAUAUUGGAGCACUACAAAUUACCCCCAAGAUGACUGUAUUCUUUGGAUCGACCAGAUAUGCAUCAAUCAACACAACAACUCUGAAAGAUCCCACCAGGAUUAUAUCAAAGGCUGGAAUUCUUUCUACGACCUAAUUGAAUCUCCAUGGUGGAGCCGGGCUUGGAUUCGUCAAGAGUUUGCCUGUUCCCAAACUGCAAUCUUUUUAUAUCACCAAGAAGCCCUGGACCUUUCCGAGUCAUCGUGGCUCCAGGCGAUCUGUCAUUCAAAUCUCCCCACCAUAUCCCCUCCUCGCCUUGAGAAUGAUCUCUGUGGACCCUCAGCACCGAAAGGCGAGAUCAAGAAAGAAGUGCGAGCUCUAAUCAACCGCCAGUAUCGCACGCUGGAGAAUUGUCAUGCUGCCCGGUUCUUACUUCUUCAGAAGAGCAUGCUAGGAAAUGGCGUGGUAGAGUGCAACAUGGAUUUCAAGAAGUUGGCACGGGAUGCUCUCUAUUCCAGGGCCACUGAUCCUCGAGACAAGAUCUUUUCUCAACUCGGACUUGCCCACCCAGGAUACAACAUUACGCCAAAUUACUCCAGGUCCAAUACUCUUUCACGUGUACUGAUUGAUACCGCAGUUAAUAUAAUUCUUUUCGAGGGAAAUCUCAACAUAUUGUUGUAUGCGCUUCAUCUUGUUAAACCACCUUCAUAUCAAUUACCAUCGUGGGUGCCUGAUUGGACUUCCUCGACUGUUUCACACUUCUCAGGUUUAAGAGAAUUAGAAAUUGUGCAGCUCCCUGAGUUCGCCAUCCCGAUCAGAGAAGAUGCAACUGAUUCGAUUCGAUUUGGAGGGAGUCCUGAGGGCGGUCAGCAUACCGUUUUAUUUGUACGAGCACUGCGCUUGGGUACCGUGGAAGGGGUCAUAUUGGGCCGCCCGAUUUCUGGGGGCACCGGGCUCACCUUACGUGCUUGGCAUUACCUUCGAUACCGAAUUGAAGCUGAACGUGGUGAUGAAGUCUGGCUUCUCAUGGGCACGUCCUGUCCUUAUGUCCUCCGUCCAACUGACAAGGGUUAUAGACUCAUUAGUGAGGUUAUGGCAUCAGGUUAUUUUGCGACUCGCCGGUUGUUUGAAGAGAUAAGACACAGGAUGCGUACAGGACUUGAGGUAUUGGAGGAAAUUUCUAUUAUUUAA